UAAAGUAUAUAUGUAUAUAUAUGUAUGUGUGCGUGUGUAUGAAAUUCCAUGGUAACAACAGUCAAAACAAAUAAUUUCUCAAUGUAUACUGGGAUUUUUUGUUUGUCGAUUAAUAUGUUGAGUAAUUAAAAUAAUUAAUUAUCAUUAAAAUGUUGGUUUAAUUAGUAGUUAAAAAAUAAACAUAAAAUUGAUGACUUAAUAAAUUGAUAUUGUUAUGAUUGGAUCGAAUUUUUUUGGGUGAAAAAAAAAAUGGAACGAGCGAUAAGUUCAAAAUUAAGCAGCAGCCGGUGGUUGGAAGCUGUUUGGGAACCCAGUGCCAAAUUAAAUGUUUUGCCUGGUGGUCUCGAGAUGAUGGAUGUUGCUGGGGAUGGUGAAGCUCGACUUAUUGCUAUCGAUUUGGGUGAUGAGCUUGCGGAUGAUGCAAAGGUACGUGUUUUCAAAGGAAGUGAUCAAGUACAAGAAUAUUCAAUGUUACACCCACCAUGUGGAGUAGUUGGAUUUUAUACCGAAAAUAAUGAACCCAAAUCAGCAGUAGUCGCAGUAGCUUCUUGUACUGAUAUAUUUUUUUAUAAAAAUAUGAAGCCACAUUUCAAAUACUCUUUACCAUUUUUAGAUGCUCAUCCUAAAGAAAAAGAGAUUUGGCAUAAAGCUGGAGUAGAACAAGAAGUAAAUAUAAAAGUUCUUUAUGAAGAUUUAGAGUUACUAGUAAAAGAACUGGGUUCAUCUUUCAUAUCACCGCGUACUUUGAAAUUUUUGUCACUCGAUGAAAAUCUACGAUAUGAAUUCGCUGAUUUGUAUCGAAGCGUUCCUUUGAAUCGACCGGAUUGUGCGACGACUAUUGGAACCAUCAGAAAAGAUUCGUGGAAUGAUCCAGCAAGUAGUUGUCUAGUUAUUGGUACCGAGGAAGGAUUUAUCUUAAUUUUGGAUCCCAGAUCGUUCCAUUUGGCGGAAAAAUUCCAACUGGGUUGGGCUCCAGUGACGACAGUCAGUGCAGGCUUGUGGUCUGGUGAAGGGCAAAUAUUCGUUGUCUCAAGAGAAUUUGAGAUCGGCACACUGAGGAAAGGUUGCGGGACAAUAAAACUUUGGGAAGAUCUGGCGGCUCCGGCUGUUGCGAUGAGUAUUUUACCUGGCGAUGGCCUGGCAGUCGUGAUAAUGACCGGAAUCGUUAUCGGUUUUACUGGCAAAGGUCAAAAGUUAUGGGAAAUAAAAUUACCUGGCUUAGCACUUGAUAUGAUAAGUAUUCCUGUUCAACAAUCUGGCUUAUCAUUACUUGCUGUCAGUGUGCCCAAAACAGGAGUUGUCAUUUAUGAUUCACAGCACCAUGUUGAUACGAUCACUACUUUUGAACCAAUUUCUGCUAUGAAGUUUGGUAGAAUGGGGCAAGAAGAACGUGCAUUAGCAAUGGUAACAAUUAACGGAGGGCUAUGUGUCAAAAUACUAAAACGUACAGCUAAUUUUAGUACGCGAUCUAGUACAACGUCAGCAAGCAACACAACCGAAACCCCCCAUACUAAAUUUUCAAUUCCAAAAAAAUCCCGAUUGUUUGUCGAACAAACGAUGCGCGAAAGACAGGAAGCCAAAAAAAUUUACCAAAGUUUCGAGCAGAGUUUUUUGAGGCUGCAAUUGGCCGUGGAAAAAAGAGCACAUGAAGUUAUUUUUUCAAAUACUGACUCAAUAAAUAAUCCAAUCACUAUGGAAAUAAGUGUUCUUGGCCUAGGUCCGACAUAUGUGAUACGGACUUUGGUGGCGAGUAUGGCCGAAGAAACAAACGAAGCGGGACUAUUUCUGGUUUUUCGAGCCAACGAAACGACAUUCAAACCACGUGUCGUUGACUUACCUCUGCUUCCUCCCGGUAUUCCCAUGCCCGCGAUGGUCAAAGCGACUCCCAGAAGUGCCAUUUCAGAAAAAGUAAAAGUCUUAUUGUGCAGAAAAGGUAAAAUGCAACCGAUCACCAGCGCUAUUGUCAUGAUUCCCAUCGCAGAACCAGACAUCGAAGUAUAAUUAUACUUUUUUUUUGGUCUUUAGAUUUAUUCAAUGAAUUGAGAGACAAAAUGAAUCAUUAUUGUAAAUUUUGUAAUUUUUGUAAAUAAAUAAAUACAUUUUAUAGAUAUUUUACUCUCCAAUAAAAAU